AUGUCUGACCCACUAGAUCAAUUGAUAUCCAUUCUAUCAAAACAACAGAAAACAUUAGUCAUUGAAAAAUCAUUAUCAACUUAUAUCAAUUCAUUAAUACCUUUUUCAAAUUUAAAAUCUAAAACAAAUAUCUUGGAUGUAUAUUGGUUUGAAAAAAAUUCAAUAAAGACUAUCCUUGAAUCAACUUCACAAAAUAUCACAUUCUUAAUCAAAUCAAAUUUAUCAAAUCUAGAGUUAUUACAAGAAUUCAUCCAUGAUUUAAUCAACUUCAAUCCCUCUUACAAAAUUGAUCUUAUAUUAACUCAAGAUUAUUUCAAAUCUUUCAAAAUUAAAUUAUCUCAACAUGGGUUAAUUGGUGAUUUAAAUUCAAUAAAUUCUUGGUUAAUAUAUAUUCAACAAGAUUCAACUAUUCAAUUAUACCUAGAUGAAUUAAAUUCAUUAUAUCUCUAUAAAAAUUCCAACAUACCUUUCAAAUUAGCUCAAUGGGUUCAUAAUUAUCUAUUAAAAAACCCAGAGAUUAGAAUAACUCAUAUCUUAGCAAAGGGACUAAAUUCUUCAAAAUUUGUUUCAAUUUGGAAAAAUUUAAAUAAUAAUUAUAUAAGUUCAUUAUCCCCCUUGGAUAAAAAGCAAUAUCUCAAGAUUGAUCAAGGAUUAUAUGGUUCAAAUACAAAUAAUAGUGGUAAACAAUGUGAUUUAAUCGUAUUAGAAAGAAAUUUGGAUUUCCUUUCUGUUUUAUUAAACCAAUUAACUUAUUCAGGGAUUAUAGAUGAAUUAUAUGAUAUUGAUAUAAAUUCCAUAAAACUUGAUGAUGAAUUUUUCAAUUUAAAUGAAGAAGAAGAUUCAUUAUAUGAUUCAAUAAAAUUUAAAAAUUUUGGUGAAGCUUGUGAUGAAUUAAACACUCAAGCUAAAGAAUUGCAAUCAAAUUAUAAUGAUUUACAAUCUCAAUCCACAAUUUCUCAAGUUAAACAAUUUGUUGAUAAUUUACCACAUUUAGAAUCUUUGAAAAAACAAGUUUCAAAUCAUACAAAAUUAAGUGAAUCAAUCUUGACUCAAUUAGAAACAAAUGAUGAAUUUUCAAAAUUUAAUAUCCUUUUAGAAUUUCAACAAGAUAUUAUAUUACAAAAUUUAACAUAUUCUUCAAUAAUUAGCAAAAUAUUAGAAUUGAUUUAUGAAGAUAAUUAUUCUUUUGAAGAAUUAAUAAGACUUAUUUCAAUAACUUCAAUAAUUUAUAAUGGGAUAAGAGAAAAAGAUUAUAUCCAAUUAAAUAAUGAAAUUUUAGAAUUUUUUGGAUUCCAAAAUUUUCAAAUUUUACAAAAUUUAAUUAAAAUUGGUUUAAUUACUAUAAGAGGUGAUCCAUCAAUUAUAAAAAAUUUCAAUAAUUUAAAUUUAAAAUUAAACUUAGUACCAAAUGAUGAUGAUCCUUUAGGGUUUGCUUAUAGAGGUUAUAUCCCAUUAAUAACAAGAAUCUUAGAACAAACCAUCUCCACAACAAAAAGAUCAUCAUGGGAUCAUCUAGAUUUAAAAUCAUUAAUCUUGGGGAAAACUAUAGAUGAAGAAUUAACACAAGACAAUAUUGGUCUUGGUGGAUUAUUACAAAAAAAUUCAAUUGUUAUUAUUGUAAUGAUUGGUGGGUUAACUUAUUCAGAAUUAGCAACUAUUAAAAAAUUAGAAAAAUUGAUUAAAGAGAAAACUGGUGUUGAGAAAAAGUUUAUUGUUGUUACUGAUUCUUUUAUAAAUGCUAAAAAAUUAAUAAAUAGUAAUAAAUGA